AUGUUUGCGACACGUGUGGAUACCGAAUUCAGUGGCGUUGCCGUGUCGUACGAGCGCUGGGGGAGGAUCAUUGACAAUGUCACUGUGUCUAUUCCGCACCCAGGUGUUUGGUGUGCCUCACAUUUCCUCGACAAUAAAAUUCUCCAGCCUGAGGAUUUAUCCAACGCUGGUGGCUUUUCCAUCAAGGCUGCUGUGGUCUCGCCCACGCUCAACACCCUGCGUGUAAACAUGGACGAGGAUGAGCUUGCUCUUCUUGUCUAUACACAGUUUCCUCACAGCGAAAAGGGAUCCAGUGAGCUCUUCUUUGAAGUGUGGGCUAAAGAUGAAAUGGCACAAUGGAACAACUCUACCAUUGUAGAUGAUGUGUUCAGAUGGGGUUCCAAGUAUGGGCGGCGGCGACCCGUCUUCGAAGCUCCCCCAGAUCACUUUCGUAUCGUAUAUCAUCGGCCAAGUCCUCCCCUUAACGGAACCUACGACGCUGGGUAUCUCCUUGCUCAUCGUGGGAAGCCUGGCGCCGAGUGCACUCUCUGCCAGAUGCGUUCUUGGCUUUCCACUGAUUGCUCAACGCGCCUUGAAGUUUCUGGCGUUGGACAGCCGAUCAUGCGUGCUCAUUGUGGAGAUGACGACGAUGUCUAUAGAUACGAUCCUUCAGUGUCCAAAUCUCCCGAUAGGAUCGAAAUACCUGAGCUGUGGCCUGUUAUGCUCGACAUAUGGAGAAGAGGUAUUGCGUUAGAAAGGCCGUCCAAUGACAAACUUUUCGGGGUCCCAUUUAUUAUCACAUCCGGUAUCUUGCAAAAGCCGGAGCUCGAUACAAACAAUUACACCAUAUCGAACGUUCUGUCUGUGCUGCUACUUUCAACGCUCAAUCUAGCAGCUAUAGACACACAGCUUCGACAUACCUGGAACCACAGCCUGGGCGAAGACUUUGUCAUCGUCAAUGAAACCAGCUUAGUGUCUAAUUUCAACGCGACAGAGACCUUUCGCGCUGGUGUGAGGAGCCAGGAAUACACGUCCGGCCACACCGAGAGCUGGCAGAGGCUCUUUUACCCAGUGCUUGGCCUUACAUUUGCUCUUAACUUGCUGUACUUGGUCUGUCUUUUUCGUUGGUUUGGGUUGACCAACGAUAUCACCGAGCCUCAGAACCAUUUCUCCCUUGCCAUGAGCAGCCCUUUAUCCUCGCGCAUGGACGGAAGCUAUCCUCAUAAGCCGGAAAAGCGGCACUGGGAAUUUCCAUGGCGUGUCUCUCAAUCUACGGCCGGCGACGCAUGUCAAUUUGACGAAUGCAAUAAGGAUCUCUAA